GACCGCUGCCUCUUCUGACGCCGGUUCUUGCGCCGCACGCCUCUCCUCGCUCUCCGACUGACAUGGCCCCGCUGAUCGCCGCGAUCGACCAGGGCACCAGCUCCACCAGGUUCCUGGUUUUUAACGCCAAAAAUGCAGAACUGGUCUGUCAACAGCAGGUGGAGCUCCAGCAGAUGUUUCCCAAGGAGGGGUGGGUGGAGGAAGAUCCACGAGAGAUUCUUCAGUCAGUGUACACCUGCAUGCAGAGGGCGUGCGAGCAGCUGGGUCGGCUGCAUGUGGACGUCUCCUGCAUCAAAGCGGUGGGCGUGACCAACCAGAGGGAGACCACGGUGGUCUGGGACAGAGAGAGCGGGGAGCCGCUGUACAACGCUAUCGUCUGGCUGGACCUGCGGACGCAGUCCACCGUGGAGCGGCUCAUCAGCAAGACCCCGGGCAGGAACAAGAACCACCUGAGGAAGCAGACUGGUCUCCCCAUCAGCACCUACUUCAGCGCCGUGAAGCUCCGCUGGCUUCUGGACAACGUGGAAGAAGUGCGGGAGGCCGUGCGGAACGGGCGGGCCAUGUUCGGAACCGUGGACUCCUGGAUCAUCUGGUGUCUGACCGGCGGCAGGGAUGGGGGAACCCACUGCACGGACGUGACCAACGCCAGUCGCACCCUGCUAUUCAACAUCCACUCCAGGACGUGGGAUCCCGAGCUGUGCCGGUUCUUUGACGUGCCCAUGGACCUGCUGCCUCAAGUCAAGAGCUCCUCAGAAAUCUACGGCUGGGUGGUGCGUGCGUGCGCGCGCGUGCUCACGCACGUGUGUGUGUGUUGGGGCGGGGGUGAACCACAAUUUGAGCGUAAUUGGGCUCCAGUCUGGUCCUCACUAAGAAGUAGAGGGGUGUGUGAGUCCAUGUCACAUGAGCAGCUUCUCUUCCUGCAGAGCUCGGGGCCUCUGGCAGGAGUUCCAGUUUCGGGGUGCCUGGGCGACCAGUCGGCGGCGCUGGUGGGUCAGAUGUGCUUCCAGGAGGGUCAGGCCAAGAACACGUAUGGGACCGGCUGCUUCCUGCUGAGGAACACUGGCACCAAGCCGGUGAUGUCCAGCCACGGCCUGCUGACCACCCUGGCUUACCAGCUGGGCCCGGAGUCUCCACCCUGCUACGCCCUGGAGGGCUCAGUGGCCAUCGCUGGCGCAGUGGUCCGGUGGCUGAAGGACAACAUGGGCAUCAUUCAGUCAUCUGCAGAGAUUGAGAAACUGGCGGCGGCUGCUGGAUCCUCCUACGGCUGCUACUUUGUCCCCGCCUUCUCAGGCCUGUACGCACCCUACUGGGAGCCCAGCGCACGAGGCACCAUCUGUGGACUCACACAAUUCACCAACAAGAGCCACCUUGCGUUCGCCGCCCUGGAGGCCGUCUGCUUCCAAACGAAAGAGAUCCUGGAGGCCAUGAACCAGGACAGUGGAGUCCCUCUGAACACGCUGCAGGUGGAUGGAGGGAUGACAAGCAACAGGCUGUUGAUGCAGCUGCAGGCUGACAUCCUGGGCGUAUCUGUGGUUCGAGCCACGAUGUCGGAGACGACGGCUCUGGGAGCGGCCAUGGCAGCCGGUGCAGCCGAGGGCGUGGGUGUCUGGAGUCUGAGUGCUGGUGACCUUCCGCGCGUCCAGACGGAAAGAUAUGAGCCACAGAUCAACCUGGAAGAGUGCCAGUCCCGCUUUGCUCGCUGGAAGAAGGCGGUGCAGAAGUCCAUGAACUGGGAAGUCGCUGACAACGGUUCUUAGUGGCAUGACUGCACGUCUGUCUCUCCUGUGAGCUGGGUGAAGACACUUCUGGACCUGGACCGGCAUCAUGGCCUGGCCAGGCUGGUCUGUGUUCUGGGCCCUGGAAAUCAGAUGUGGACCGGGUCGGUGACCCACUUCAAUCAGCAUCCAACUGAAUGGAAAAGUUGCCAAGAGUUUUUAAUAAAGUAUUUGUGUGGUUGCACUGCUGAGUGGGUCAGGUGACGCGCGGAUCUGAGUCAUACUCUCUAGAGGAGCUUGAAGCGUCCGGUUUGAAAAGCCCCCAAACGGCGAUCUGGGCUAUCUAGAGAUGCAGCCAGACCAAAGUGAGGGCCUUCAUACGAGGAAUGUGGCCCAGGUUUCAUUCUAUCUAUCCACCACACAUGCAACACAGAGUCACCUGAGCAAGGUGUGGCGAUCACGUCCAUCACCGCCAGCCCCCUGCAGACCGAGACCUCACCAACGUCACCAGAGGAGCCUCUGGUCCCAGGCUGUGGAUGAAUGGAAGAACGUCUCAUUUUGACACAGCAGCAGCUGCUGCUUUUCUAAAUGUCCGGCCCUCAUUCCGCCUCCCUCUUCUCCACUCCACUCUCUCAAAGCUGGAUCAGCCACGAACUCCAG